CAACAGGCGUUGCGGGGCGUGCUUAGGACACGCAAACGAGCCGACCAAAGCGGUAGGGGCAGCCAUUCGUACCGCGAGCGGCGAGGCAAGAGGCAGGCAGCCUCUCCAGAUAAAACAACUACAGCUCUACGCGCGGCGCGCCCGCGGAGCGCUAGUCGUACCGCAGUGACGUACCGCAGUGACGCCGGUCGAGGCGCAGCAGCAGCAAGAAUCCCUCUACACCGGCACAAUAUGCGCUCUCUUCUCGUCGCGCUGCUGGCACCGCUCGGCGCGGCACAGUGCCCGAGCCCCUAUCAGGGCACGAGCAUCGAUGCUUGCUUCCUGAUUUCUGAUUUCCCGGCGACGUUCUCGCAGUGCCAGCAGCACUGCGAGUCGAACGGCGGCUCGCUGGCCACCAUUAAGUCGAAGGCGGAGGACGACUACGUGCGCCAACUGGUGACGACGCAGCGCGCGGUCUGGAUCGGAUUGUUCGAGUCCGGCGAGCAGGACGAAAGCGGUGUGUGGGAGUGGGUCAACGGCAUGUCCGAUACGUGGCGCAACUGGCAGCCCGCUGUGUGGAAAUCAACCAGUGCGUCGGGUGCCAAUUCUUCACUAAGUCAUUUCUCGGCGACGACGUGGUCGCGCUGGCUCCGUCGAGCGGUGAGGAACUGGCAUCGCCACGCCAUCGAGCAGGCGUCGCGUCGAUGGCGUGGAGGUCGACGCGACGAUUCAGCACGAACGCGCCAUAAAAUUUUGAUUUCCACACAGGCAGCCCGGCGAGCCGAACGAGUGGUGCACGGACGAGGACUGCGGCUUACUGGCGCCGGGGCUCUGGGACGGCUGGGUCGACGCGUCGUGCACGAUUCCCAAUUGGGCGCACUGUCUGUGUCGGCGGGGCCAGCUCGCGGGCACGAACUACCGGCGGGACCGCGUGCGCCUCGACCAGAACGCUCACGACUACGAUGACUGCAAGGAGAAGGAGGAGGAGGAUCCUGAUGAAGAUGAAGAUCAGGCGGGCUACUUCCGGUACUGUCGAGAGAAUGGGUUAGCCCCCAAAAAUUGGGACGCGCGGCGGCAGGCCUACCCGUACGAGGAUGAAAAAGCUGCGGGGUACCAGUCGGGGACCUGCGGCUUCGCCGCCUGGGAGCGCGACGAGCAGUGGGCGGUCUGCUGCUGCGUGGAUCCGACGUUCUGCUGCGCCUGGGGCGAGGACGAGAACUGCAAGUCGCGCGACGAGGAGUGGGAGGACGAGGACGAGGGGAUGCGCGACGAGGAACUCGUCGAGCGGGUGGACGCGAUGAAGCGCGAGGUCGACGCUCUGUUGGCGCUCGUCGUCGUGCUACUCGUCGUCGUCGGCGCGCUGAUCGUCUACCUCGUGCCGUGGCGGCGGCGACCGGCCUUCGCCAGCCCGUCGCUGAGCGUCGAGCUGAACCCGACGACGUACAACGAGCUCGGGCGCAGCGUCGAGGGGAUCUGA